AUAAAAUUCAAAAAGAUGUAAAUUUUGAUCGAGUGGAUAUCUUUUUGUGGUGAUUAUCGGUGACACAUCAGGAGAACAUUGUCGUUGUGAUUUAGCGUUACUUAGGGAACUAUCAAAGAUAUCAGUGCUAUGUAGCGAUCCGUUUUAAGCAGUAUUUUGUUUUGAAAAAUACACACCACCGUCCGCUUUACGUCUGGACAGUAGACGUGCCAUGGACUCCGCUUCCUGCACUGUGUGUCAUUCAAACAUGAUUUCAGGGUCUGUUUACGCCUUAAUAGCGGGCUUUUUGGGGGCCGCUGCCUCGCUGUCUGCCAAGCUGUCCUUCGGCGCGGACUACUUGAGGGACAUGUGCGAGUCGGGACUCAGCGGCUGGACUCGAACACCCAGUGGAGCUUCAGCCUGUGACUGGCUCCACAUCCCCCUGAGGCUGCUGUGUGGCGGCCUACUGCUCACCUGCAACGCCGUCAUGUGGACCUUCUUCUCCAAGGCUCUCCGACACUGCUCCUCCUCGGCCAGGGCCACGGUCACCACCACCGCAUCCAACUUCCUCUCCUCGGCCGUCCUGGGGAGGCUGAUCUUUGGAGAGAGCCACGACGCUUUGUGGUGGGCGGGGAUCUCUCUGACGCUGUGCGGACUGCUGGUGCUUCACGGAUCCGUGGCGGAGACCCCCCCGCAGGAGGAGGGCAAAAAGGAUAAGUAAUGUAGCUCACUCAGAGAACUUCCUUCAGGACCUUAAAGUGGAAAUAUUUGUUUUUCUAGGACUGUGCCCCAGUUGUAACUCAUUCGGGCAGGACGUUUCCUUGCUUGUCCCGGUUGGCGUGCAGCUCGCACCCCCCACCUGCACUGGGACAGCAGAUAGCAGCGCUUGUUGUUCUGGAGGGUCCCCAUCAAGGAUAGGAACACACAUCAAAGGAUGCCUCUACACGGUGCCUCACUGAACACUGGCGUGGAGGAGCUGCUUUAGCUGCUGCGGAUGUGCUGCAAAAUGAUUAGAACUUCAUUUAACCAAAGAUGACUUUUAGCUCUGUGAGACACGUCUUCAACACGAUCCUUCCCGUUUAUUUCUUUUUCUUCUUUGUAAAGCCCAUUGGGCCAAAUUGAAAUAAAUAAACCUGACUCAACUCGGCUGUCUGGUUUAGCUUCUCCCGACUGGCAGCCCCGUUAAUCCUCGAUGGGCAAUAAUCCACUGCCAGUUACAGAUGUUUGGCACAACUGGUGGGUGUUUUUUGAGGCGGCAGCUCGUCCGUGGAUGAACCCACCUUCACCCACACCUCACCAGGACGACCAGAAAUAGAACAAAUGGCCUGGGAUACAAAUCAAGAUACGGAAGUCUGAGGGUCUAGCUGAACAAAUGAAACCUAUUUGAAACAUUUUUAUAAUCUUUUUUGGAAUAAAUCACACUGACCGUCUUUUGAAAAUU